GUUUACAGGUUUGCAACAUCCUGUCAUCCUGAUCCUGAUUUCUGUCAAUAGUGUCAAUUGGAUGCGGCAAGGUUGCAAAAUUCCGAGUAUAAAAAAUAUCUUGAUUGGUAAAAUACUAAAAUUAGGAACUUUAGUAUUGAGAACUGGGUUGAGCUAAAGCUUAGUUGAGAAAAAGAAAAAAAUGUUUAACUAAACUUCAAUUUUUAGAAUAUUUAACGAGAGUUUUUGUAUUCGUGAUACUGAAAUGGAAGGCGAACAAUUUUCCUUAUGUUGGAAUAACUUCCAUACAAAUUUAAGCUCAGGAUUUCACUCGCUAUUUAAAGAUGAAGACUUAGUUGAUGUCACUUUAGCAGCAGAUGGAAAAUUUCUUAAGGCACAUAAAACUGUUUUGUCUGUGUGUAGUCCUUUUUUCAAAGACCUAUUUAGGGUAAAUCCAUGUAAGCAUCCCAUUGUUAUACUUCCAGAUGUAAAUUAUAAUGCACUUUGUGGUUUGUUACAUUUUAUGUACCAAGGAGAGGUUAGUGUAAGUCAAGAAGAAAUACCAACAUUUAUGAGAGUAGCUGAAAUGCUUAAAGUUAAGGGCCUGACUGAUAAUAGUAAUUCACCAACGCCAUCCGAGACCAAUGGUUAUACAAACAGCACCAGGGGCCCUUUCGGUUAUACAGAUCAGAGACAAAAUAUAAUGAAGAGACCUAGACCUGUCAAAAAGAUUAUUAGGCCCAUACAACAUCUGAGACCAAUAGAGAGUCCAAAAUUGCCCAAAUCGCCUCAACCUCAAUCACAACAUCAACAAUCUCAUUCUCCAACAGUAUUGGUACAACCACCUCCAAAUAAAAAGGCUUUAAUUGAAAAUGAUAAUCUGCAAAUUCCCCCAUCUGCAGCAUCUCCACUAACUCUUCCUAAACCUGACAAUUUUCUAGAGCCUCUUUUAAAACCUAAACUCGAGCCUAUAGAACAACAUGAUGAAGAAAAUACUUCUCAUUCAGGAGAAGAUCCAAAUAUUGAAUUACCUAGUAUCGAAAAUUCUCAAGGAGAACCUUCACCUCUACAUCCAUUUCCUUCUUGGCAGCCUUUUGACGCUCCUCCGCCACCUUCGCAAGACUCUUCAUCACCUGGUACGAUCCAGUGCAUCUUGGGCAAACGCGGAUGUCCGCGGUUAAUUGUUGACGGGUACGUCUUUUACAAAAAAAGCGUAUACAAGGGCAAAGCAUUCUGGUACUGCAAGAACAGUCGCACGCCUGAAAAGUGCCAGGCCGUAUGUUGGACGAUGAAUGGCAAUAUCGUCAAGUGGCCAUAUAUGCAUUGCCAUCCUCCCAUACCAGACAUGUUUAACCCAGAAGAGGAUACUGAAGUUCCUAUCGAAAAUUUACAAGAAGUGCUUUGGCAGACGUCGUUCAAUUAGGG